GCCCGUAACAGACAGGGAGAAGAAUGGCUCCCAGCAACAGCUUCAUGGCCCACGUGGAGGAGAAACUGCUUCCAAAAGAGAAGAAUAAACUGAGGAAGCCGGUGGUGGAGAAAAUGCGCCGGGACCGGAUUAACAGCAGCAUCGAGCAGCUGAAACUCCUGCUGGAGAAGGAGUUCCAGAGACACCAGCCCAACUCCAAGCUGGAGAAGGCCGACAUCCUAGAAGUGGCCGUGGGCUACCUGAAACAGCAGAGCCAGCUGCAGGCACAAAUGUUCAGCCCGAAGUGCCCUGAACAGGAUUUCAGCACUGGCUAUCUGCAGUGCCUGAAGGAAGCCCUGCGGUUCCUCUCCUAUUGUGAGCCUAAGAAGGAAGCUCAGGCACAGCUGAUCAAGCAUUUCUGCAGAGCUCAGAUGAUUCCAGACAACCUGAGCUCACCCCCCAUGCACAGCUCACCCCCUUUGCCAUGUCUGGUAUCUAGGAAGCAUCCUGUCCAGAAAAAUACCCCUGCAGCUGUUGCUGCCAUCUGGAGACCAUGGUAGACUGGACUUUUGGAGGCGGGGUGCACUGCAAAACCAAAGGGAUCUCUGAGUGAAUGGUCCCUCUUUAAAGUAGGAAACUUUGAUUUCCAGGAGGGGUUUUAUGGUUUGUCCUGAGAAAUGGUCUCAGCAGCAGUUUCCCUUCAUAGUGAAGGACGGUGUCUGUAUCUUGCAGCAAGCACACUGCCCUUAUGGGUGUUUCCGAGCUCAAUACCGGGCUAAGCCCGUUGGCACUUUACAGAGUCAAUCUCUGACUGACUUCCAUCAGAGUUUAGCUUGAGAAGGCUCUCUCUCCAGUGCCCUUUGAAGUCCAUGGGAAUCUCCAUGGAUUUCCAUGGGCAUUGAAUCAGGAGCUUUUUUGGCCCUACGUUGGGUAUUGACCUUCAAGCAGAAGGGCCAUGUGAAGAUGUAAUUUGUAUGACAAAGAGAGUCUAGACUUUACCUUUUGAGUGAAAGAUUUGAUUCCGAAAUAUCGAUGCUUCUGAAGUCCCUACGCUAUCGUAGUAUAAACUCUUGUGCAAAGUUAUUAUGAUAACGAUUUACUGUAGGAGAAAUUCUCUCAACAUGCAGCAUGGGUUGAUCUCAGUUGAGGGAUUAUUGAUGCCUUUUGUAAAGGAAGUACCUGCUGUGUAUCUUAAUUAAUGGGAAUGGAAGGUGGAAAAUGUGUACUCUACAGUCAUUCACUGAAUAUGCUGAUGAGCUUAAUAGGCUUUUAUAAAGUUGCCACGUAUUCAUCGUCUGUGAUGUUGAAAGUGACAUUGGUUCCAUCAAUGUAAAUAUCAAUAAAAUGCUUUUUAUUCAUUGA